AACACAUAACAGUAUAAGCCUCACAUCAGUAAGGCUGGCCUAAAAGGGCAUCAAAUAUUUUAGUGAGACCAACUUGAAAAAGAAUUUCUCUGUUACCGAUCUCACUCCAAUUUCAUUUGGGGGAAUCGACACCAGUUCAAGUGUUUGUCAAAAUGGCUAGGAGAAUAUUGAAUGAAGCAAUGAGUAAAAUUGUCAAUGGGCAGAGGAGAAAUGGAGUUACAUCCAGUUUGCAACCUGUAUCUGGUCUAAUAUCAUCAUUUUUCAACGGAGGAAGAUCUUUUGUUUCUACUCCAAUUGAUGUUUUGGAUCAGGAGGAAGCCAUAGAACCAGGAUUGUUGGCACUGAAAGAUGGACAUUCAGGGUUGCCCAAUAAAAAGAAAUCGGCCUCGUCGUCCAAGUGCUCGGAAAUUCUUAGCUACAUGGGAGGCCUGGAUGGUGACCAAAACCAAUUGAUCAAGAAGUUGGUUAACUUUAGGAUGAAAGAGGGUCAAAGAACAAAAUCUCGUGCUGUUCUGUAUCAAACUUUCCGUCGCCUAGCUCGAACAGAACGCGAUGCAAUCAAACUGCUGGUUGACGCCGUAGAGAAUGUUAAGCCCAUAUGCGAAGUCAAAAAAGUUGGGGUAGCAGGUAGUCUUUAUGAUGUCCCAGGGAUUGUAUCUAGGGAUCGUCAGCAAACUUUAGCUAUUCGCUGGAUUCUUGGAGAAGCAGGUUCCAAAAAAGGGAGCAAGAAGGCAAGUACGGAGGAAUCUCUCUCUGCUGAGAUACUGAAUGCUUACCGUAAGAGGGGAGGUGCACGUAAGAAAAGGGAGACUCUUCAUGGACUUGCUUCAAGCCACCGAGGUUUCGCACAUUUCAGAUGGUGGUAAAACGUUAAAUUCCCCAGUUUUUCGUUGGUCAUUUUUGUGAGUUUUGCUCUUGGACUUUUCAACUAGUUUUUGCCUUUUUGGUUAGUGUCUGGAUAAUUUUUCCUUAUACUUAGAAUCAAUGGAAACAAAUAAAACUGCAGCACCUGAUCCUGUGAGCUCUGUGCUUUCCAUUUCCCACUCGAAGUAGAUGGGUUUUACAUUUAUGUUGUUUUUGUAUAACUUCUAAUAUUCAAUUGCAGUUCCUGUAGUUCUGUUUCUCCAA